AUGGGUCUUAAACUAAUAGGAAUGGUCUUGGUGGGUUCUUUACUCGUAAUUGUAUCAGCUCUUGUACUUGGGGAUCUUGCUUGUUGUUUGCAGAAAAGAAUAUAUGCACAGAAAUUCCGUGCUGCAGUUUUUACAUUUAAGAAUAAGCUAUGGUCAUUAUUGGAAAUGGUUGGCGCCAAGGUUGUUUCUAUUGAAGGAUAUUGUUCAAAUAACCAAAGUAUUGUGAUUCUUUCAGUUUUUACUCUGAAUGCAGAAGUGGUUGUUAAGAGGCAAACUUACACUUGGGUGAUUUCAGCUACAGCUAGGGUCAUGGGGUUGGAAGAUGAAGAAGAUAAGAGGGUGGUGCUUGUAAUCCCUCCUGGAUUGGCAGACAAGUUUGUGUCCUCCCGUAACCUUAGUUCUCUAUCUAGAGUAAAGGAGAAGGAUUUGAUUUGUGCUGCUUUUUCUGCACACUUGGAUCCUUCUGUCAUGGUAGCAGCACCUGUUGUUGUCUCAUCUUCGUGUUCCACGGAUGAGACAGUGGUAGCAGAUUCUGAUGUAGAAGCAGAAACAGCCAUAUCAGUUGACAUGUCUGCUGCUGUCAAUGCAACAGAAUCCACUAUACAGGAGACUAAAGAGAAAUUCUCUACAAAUCAUUUCAAUACAACAGAAUCCACUAUACAGGAGACAAAAGAGAAAUUCUCUACAGAUCAUGCUGCUACCAGAUUGGAGAGUGACAUUACUUGCCCCAGUGACAGAGAUAAUACUAUAACAGCAAGAAGAGACCAGGUUGAUGAGCCUGAAAGUGGAAAUCCAGAUAUAAUAUAUAGCCAAAAUUUAAUUGUUAGAGAUACUAACUUACCAGCUUCAGUCUAUUAUUCACCAGACAAUGGACUUCCAAAUUUUAAAUGCUUCAGAAAGUCAAGGACUCCAUCGGGAAAUAGCUUCGACAAUCUUAUUCCAUUUUCAAAAUACCCAUAUAAAGAUUCUGACUAUGGAAGUGAGGAAGUAGUCGAGUCUGUCAAAGAAGAAAAAAAGAGAAAACAAAUGGAGGCUAUUUCAGAGGACUUAUUCAACAAUGUGAAGGGGCGGGGGCGUGAAGUUGCAGGUUCCCGCCGUGGACUUUUUGCCCGUAGUUGACAGAGGGACUUCGGCAAGACUUUGCAUGAAGGAAUUAGUUAUUAGAACACAAGUGUUUUUGGAGGAGGGAGGCGUAUCGCAAACGACUCUUGUAGGGUUUUGCUUCAAGCAAUACUGGCUUUUUGUAGGUCUAGAUAAAUCCAGAUUGCAUCCAAUGUUGGGUAGUUUGUGCUUUCGGUUUAGUUUUGAUAUUCUUGGAGACUACAUUGUUGUAAGUAAUAUAUAUGUAUCUUGAUAAUCCUUAUUAGAAGGUCAGGAGUUUCAAGUUUUAUGCAGACGUUUGAAGAUUCUGAAAUUGAUUUUGGCUUGGAAGAAGCAAGCAUUUUAGAGAAAGCAUUUGUAGUGGACAUCAGUUCUGUAUAAUGCUUCAGCUUUCAGGUGCCCAAACAACCACAGGUAUGUCUCUCAAAACAUGUAUAUUAUGGAGGGGUUUCGAAUGGCUUCUACUGUAGUCUGGUUUGGGAUUCGUUGAUCUCAUGGAAAACCCGGGGAAACAUCAAAUGGGUUUUUUUUUUUUUUUUUUUUCUUGUUUUUUUUAAAGGAACUCACGGAAAAGCCUAGGGAACGUCUCACCAAUGAACAAAUUUUGCUACUUUUGCAUGUUUCGAUAAUCAAAUUGAUUUGUUGCCUCAAA